CUUGAUUGUCUUCUGGGUUGAUUGUUAAAUUAUGAAGGUCUACUCUGAUCACCUUACCACACAAGUAGCACAAAGACAUGUGUAAAUGACCAUAUAAUCUCCACACCCGAGUCACCAUAACAAAUAUAAAUACUAGAGGUGUAAGCAGAGGGAUCAUCACAAAUAAACAAUGGAGACUUUUGAGAAAGAAAUGAAUUAUAUGAAGAAGUAUUAUGGGAGUGGAGAGACAAAGAAAGUGUCAUGGAGAGAAUCACAACUCAAAGGGUUGCGUCGUUUCCUCAUUGAAAAAGAAGAAGAUAUUUUGAAGGCCUUAAUGCUCGACUUAGGAAAGCAUCAAGUUGAAGCUUUUAGAGAUGAGAUAGGAACUUUGAUGAAGUCCUUGAAUUUUGCAUUGAGUAACUUAAAAUAUUGGGUAUCAGGCAAAAAGGCUAAAUUGCCACAAAUAGCACUGCUUAGUAGUGCAGAAAUUGUUCCUGAACCUCUGGGCCUAGUCCUCAUUAUUUCAUCUUGGAAUUUCCCAUUUGGUUUAUCCUUGGAGCCACUAAUAGGAGCAGUAGCAGCUGGAAACACAGUGGUCUUAAAGCCUUCAGAGUUAUCACCAGCAUGUUCUUCCAUACUUGCCCUUGGACUUCCCAAUUUCUUGGACAACAAAGCCAUUAAGGUUGUACAAGGUGGACCCCAUGAAUCUCAGCACCUUCUCCAGCAAAAAUGGGACAAAAUCUUCUUCACAGGAAGUGCACGUGUGGGGAAGAUUGUGAUGUCAGCAGCAGCGAAGCAUUUGACUCCUGUGACUUUGGAGUUGGGUGGAAAAUGUCCUGCAGUUGUUGAUUCACUUUCAUCUUCUUGGGACUUGGAGGUAGCGGUGAAGCGAAUUCUAGUGGGAAAAUAUGGGGCAUGUGGUGGUCAAGCAUGCAUAGCAAUUGACUAUGUCCUCGUGGAAAAUCAAUACUAUCCAAAACUGGUAGAAUUGAUGAAACUAUGGAUCAAGAAAAUGUUUGGGGAGAACCCAAAAGACUCCAACACCAUUGCAAGGAUAGUUAAUAAACAACACUUGUCUAGAUUGAAGAAUCUUUUGGCUGAUCCAGAGAUCAAGAAAUCUGUGGUUUAUGGAGGCUCUAUGGACGAAAGAAACUUAUUUAUUGAGCCAACAAUCUUGUUGAAUCCCCCACUUGAAUCAGUAAUCAUGACAGAAGAAAUUUUUGGUCCAUUGCUUCCAAUUAUUACUGUAAGAUUCGGUGAAAAUCAUGCUAUAUAUAGAAUUGACGUUUUUCUUAAUGUUGCCUUCAAUAAUUUUCAGGUGGACAAAAUUGAAAACAGUAUUAAAUUCAUAAGCUCUAGGCCUAAGCCUCUUGCACUCUAUGUCUUUUCCAAAGAUAAGACACUGCAGAAUAGAAUGAUAUCUGAAACAUCUUCUGGCAGUUUAACUUUCAAUGAUGCAAUUCUACAAUAUGCAGCGGAUUCUCUACCAUUUGGUGGAGUUGGAGAAAGUGGAUUUGGAAUGUACCAUGGGAAGUUCUCUUUUGAUACAUUCAGCAGCCAAAAGGCAGUAGUUAGAAGAAGCUUCCUCACUGAUUUCUGGUAUAGGUAUCCACCAUGGACACUGAACAAGUUUCAGCUUCUUGAGGUCUCUUACAACUAUGAUUAUCUGGGGUUGCUCCUUGUCUUGCUUGGCCUAAAGACACCAUCAAAACGCAGAUCAUAUUUCGCUAACCCCUGAUUACUUUCACCAUUAGUAGUAUUAUUUAUUUAUUUAAGUGUUUAUAGCUUCCUUUCCUUUUCUGAUUAUGUGGUUGCUGGACUGGAGAAUUAUGAGCUGCAAUAUCAUCAGCCAGAUAUUUAUAAAUAAAAUAAUUAUAACAAAUCAAACCAGAAAAUAAAUAUCCGAAGACAACAUAGAUGUCUUUGUUAUGAACUUAUGAUACAUCAAGUGUAGUUAGUUGCAGACACGGAGUUAAUGAGAAUUAGGGCUAUAUUCUUGUCACAUUAAUUCAACUAUUAGUUAUAGAUAUCAAUGCUGAAUCAACAAAAAGCAAUAUAGUGUAAUAAAAACAAAAAACAGAAGUCACAUUCAAUGAUGUAUUAUAGAACAAAAUUACACUAUUUGCAUGAUGAUGAAACAGAAUAUUCUAAGUUCUACACCUCAUCAAUCUAACUAUUUCAUGCUCUUCUCAC